AAGUGUUAUAAAAUCAUCAACAAUCAUUAAGGUACACAUUUACUCAUUCUUCAUCUUUUAGCGUUUCAAGUAGCUUUUUAGAAGAUUAUUAUAAAAUCAUCAACAAUCAUUAAGUAAUCAGACGCCAUGUAUAGUAAACUGAAAGAAAGAAACACCGAAAUUGAUGUAAGCAGCCUAAUCGUAGAAGAGCUUCAACAUGAGCAUCCACUCACGCUGGUAGAUUUGCAAUUGAUGCAUCGAGACUACAUAGAAGACGAUGACGAAUAUAAUGACAAUGAUUUGAUCAUGACGCAAAACUUCCACUGCACAUGUAACAGGUGUGGCAGACGUAUAGACUGGUACCACCGUUAUUACUACAAGUGUAGCAUAUUGUCAUGUAAUUACUCCCUUCACAAGUUUUGUGAAGAAAUUCCAACAACCUUAAAAUUCCAAGGUCACCCUGCUCAUACUCUUUUCCUUGUAAGAACAACACAUGAUGAGAAAUGUCACGCUUGUUUCAAAUAUCGAGAUGGCAUUGGUUAUCAUUGCUCAGCAUGUUCUUAUGCAAUUGAUCUGCUUUGUGCCACAUUCGUGGAGCAACACACGAUCCAUCACCCUAUCCACCCACACCCAUUGAUCUCUAUUAGUGUUGAACCUAUUUUGAGCAAGUGUUUUGCAUGUGGGAAGAAACAUGAAGGACAUUUCUAUCAGUGCACCACUUGUUUUAACUUCUUAAUACAUUUUGAUUGUCUUUCCCUUCCCAUAAAGUUAUCACUUCAAACUCAAAAUUUUAGCCACCGUCACUUGCUCACCCUUUCAUAUUCGUUUUUGGAUCAACUAUACGACUGCGAAUGUAGGAUUUGUGGUGUGGAAUUAGAAAAUGAUCAUUCGAUUUACAAGUGCAGUAGAUGCAUGUACUAUGUUCACGCAGACUGUGCAACGCAAAAGAUAGAGCCUUUCAUGUUUGUCUUCUUACCAGGCUUAGGAAAAACAAAAAAGAAUUUUAAAGAUGUUGAUCAUCCCGAACUUCUUCACUUGCCACUGGAUGAUGAAUCACAUGUCUUGUCACAUCAAUUUAAAGGCGAGACUUGUGAGCAAGAUAUUGAUUCUUUUCUACAUGACCAUCCGUUAGUCCUAAUACAUGACGAAAUAAAUAAAGAUAAAAUCACCUCUCUUCACGAUCCAAUGAAGAGGAUUAAACUAUUAUGCAAUGUUUGUUCAAGACCAAUUACAAAGAUGCCAUUUUAGAAAUGCUCCACAGAUGAUGAUUUUGUUGUCCACGAUUGGUGCACCCGGCUACCCAAGUUUCUAACUAGCCAUUCGGCUCACCCAGAACAUACACUUGAGCUUAGUGAAUUAAUGUAUACAGGUUCUGGAGCCAAAUGUAGGAUUUGUGGAUUGCCUUGCAAUGGGGUUAUAUACUUUUGUUUUGACUGCCAAUUUUUACUUGAUGUUAGUUGUGCAUUUAUGCCUAAAGAAAUUACACAUGAAGCACACGCGGAUCACUUACUUACAAGGGUAGAAUCAAGCCGUAGCGGUGUAUCUAAGAAGGAAUGUCACGCAUGUCGUGUAAGUAUCAGUGAAAGUGAGACUUUUUUUAAAUGUAAUUCCUGUGAUUUCUGUUUGGACUGCCGGUGUGCUUUGCAAUUGCCUAAAUCAAUUAUGCAUAAGUUUGACAAGCACCCCCUGCAACUGAGCUAUGGACCGAUUGAGGACCACAAAAGUCAAUACUUCUGUGAAGUUUGUGAGGAGGAGCUUGAUCCUGGAAAGUGGUUCUAUCAUUGUGCAGCGUGCGCACAAUCCAUUCAUUCGGCAUGUGCUCCGUUAAUACUUCAGUCUGAACAAGGUGUUAAUUCUUCCGAUUUAGAAGGUGUUUAUAAGUUUAUUAACAUCAAGUUUGGGCAUGUGGAAACACGACCUUUUCACCAACAUCCUAUGUUAUUUGCUCCGGGGACAGAGAAUGAUGGUUUAUGCCAUGAGUGCGGAAGCAAAUUGCAAUCCCAGAUGAUCUGGAAGUGCUUACAUUGUAACUUUGCUUGCCACUGUUACCAUGAGCUUACAUCAUUAUACGACCCUGAUGCAGUCAAAAGAAUCUAUUAUAUAUCUGGGGGAAACAAACGUAUGAUAAAGCAGCGAAAAUCUCAAACAAGCUUAGAAUUUUAUCCAAGUGAAAUGAUGAGACCGGAGACCCGUCAUUGGAAGGUUGUUGAUGAUGUCCAAUAAGUCUUAUCGCCAUAUCAUGUGUUUCACCAUUUGUUUGUAAGGAAGGAAUUAAUUACUCCUUUUUAUUGCGAUUAAUGUACCAUGAGUUAAACAAGUUUAGUAUUAUUUACUGUAGUUUAUUUGUAUUCAUUUGUAAUACUGUGUUUUCUAGAUUAGCUCCUUUUCGGUUAUGUAAUACUUUGUAUAUAUUCCUUUCAAUCAAUGGACGUGUAAUUUUUAUA